UCCUCAAGAGAAAAAGAAAAUCACAAAAGCAAAAGCAUCUCUGAAAUCCCAUCAAAUUCUGCAAUUUUCCAGUUUCUUGGUGAAUUAAGAUUUCCUUCAAUGGCCCCAAAAUCCCGAGGCAAGGCAAUUGGUAUUGAUCUCGGUACAACCUACAGCUGUGUUGGGGUGUGGCAGAAUGAUCGUGUGGAGAUCAUAGCCAACGAUCAAGGCAACAGAACCACUCCCUCAUAUGUCGCCUUCACUGAUACCGAGCGUCUUAUAGGCGACGCAGCCAAGAAUCAGGUUGCCAUGAACCCGCAAAACACAGUCUUCGACGCUAAACGUCUCAUCGGCCGUAGGUUCUCUGACCCCACGGUACAGAGCGACAUGAAGCACUGGCCGUUCAAGGUCGUUGCAGGGCCCGGAGACAAGCCUAUGAUUGUGGUUAGUUACAAGGGUGAAGAGAAAAUGUUCGCGCCGGAGGAGAUAUCUUCGAUGGUGCUCACCAAGAUGAAGGAGAUCGCCGAGACUUAUCUGGGUCAUACUGUGAAGAACGCAGUGAUUACUGUUCCGGCGUAUUUUAAUGAUUCCCAGAGGCAGGCGACGAAGGAUGCCGGUGCGAUUGCCGGACUUAAUGUGUUGAGGAUCAUCAAUGAACCGACGGCAGCUGCAAUUGCGUACGGAUUGGAUAAGAAGGGGUCGAGGAGUGGCGAGAAGAACGUGCUUAUUUUCGAUCUCGGUGGGGGAACUUUCGAUGUGUCCCUAUUGACGAUUGAGGAGGGAAUGUUCGAGGUUAAGGCCACCGCCGGAGAUACCCAUCUCGGGGGUGAGGAUUUCGACAACAGGCUGGUGACUCAUUUCGUUCAGGAGUUCAAGAGGAAGCACAAGAAGGAUCUCAGCACCAACGCGAGGGCUCUAAGAAGGCUGCGGACGGUGUGCGAGAGGGCGAAGAGGACUCUGUCUUCGACGACCCAGACGACGAUCGAGGUCGAUUCUCUCUAUGAAGGUAUUGAUUUCUAUGCUACCAUCACCAGAGCGAGAUUCGAAGAAUUGAACAUGGAUUUGUUCAGGAAGUGUAUGGAACCCGUGGAGAAAUGUCUCCGUGAUUCCAAGAUUGACAAGGGUCAAGUUCAUGAUGUUGUUCUUGUUGGUGGGUCGACGAGAAUUCCAAAAGUACAGCAACUAUUGCAGGAUUUCUUCAACGGGAAGGAACUAUGCAAAAGCAUAAACCCAGAUGAGGCGGUUGCUUAUGGAGCCGCGGUUCAGGCUGCGAUUCUCAGCGGUGAAGGGAAUGAAAAGGUCCAGGAUCUGCUUCUCCUUGAUGUUACUCCUCUGAGUCUUGGUCUUGAAACUGCCGGCGGUGUGAUGACGGUCUUGAUUCCGAGGAACACCACUAUUCCCACCAAGAAAGAACAGGUUUUCUCGACUUAUUCUGAUAAUCAGACGAGUGUGCUGAUCCAAGUUUAUGAAGGAGAGAGGGCUAGAACAAGGGACAACAACCUGCUUGGUACAUUUGAGCUUAAGGGCAUCCCACCGGCACCAAGAGGAGUGCCGCAGAUCAAUGUCUGCUUUGACAUUGACGCAAAUGGUAUCCUGAACGUCUCUGCGGAGGAUAAGACUGCCGGCGUCAAGAACCAGAUAACAAUCACCAAUGACAAAGGAAGGUUGAGCAAGGAAGAGAUUGAGAGGAUGGUACAAGAGGCAGAGAGGUAUAAACUGGAGGAUGAUCAGGUGAAGAAGAAGGUUGAUGCAAAGAACUCGUUGGAGAACUAUGCAUACAACAUGAAGAAUACUGUGAGGGACGAAAAGUUUGCUGGGAAACUGAAUCCAGCAGACAAGCAGAAGAUGGAGAAGGCUAUAGAAGAGACACUUGAGUGGCUUGAGAGGAACCAAUUGGCAGAAGUUGAUGAAUUUGAAGACAAAUUGAAGGAUUUGGAGGGCAUUUGCAAGCCAAUUAUCUCGAAGAUGUACCAAGGUGCUGGAGGGGAUGUUCCAAUGGGCAGUGGCCCUGACAUACCUCGACGUGGGUAUGGUAAUGCUAGCCCUGGCGGUUCCAGUGGAGCUGGGCCUAAGAUUGAAGAGGUUGACUAAAGCUUGAAAGGGGGUAAAACCAGUAUGCUCUGUUUGUGAGCAUUUUUAAUUUUGCUCUUGUGGUUGAGUGGCUUUCUAAAAUAAUGUUCUCAUAGCUUAGGAAUCUUAUGACAAUCUACUGUAUGUUGUAAAAGUGUUCUCUGAAUCAAAAUAAAAUAAUUGCUUGAUC